GCUGACAGUUUCAACAAUGGGCUCACUAUUGCGCAUCUGCAACGGCGAUUCUUAUGAGCAGCAAUGGGCCGAUACUUCCGCGCGGCCGUAUAUUCCCCGCUUUAUCAUCAUCGUCAUCUCGGAUUUACCGUUUCCGUGACGUAUGAACCGAUUUCUAAGCGCAUAACGGUAGCAAGAAGGAGUUUCGACCUAUAACCACUCACUGAUGCAUGCACGCUUACCUACAUGUCACUAUCCCGUCCUACAACCUCUCGACUGCCCAGACUCGUCACUCGAAGCUUCAUACGAGCACCCAAACACCAAUUUCGAACUCCGUUCCACACCACAACCAGACAAACGCUACACGUACUUCCCGAGAUGGCUGACGAACGACCCACAGGCCUGAAGGCGAACAAGGGUAUUGAGCUCCUCACCUGGGGUACACCCAACGGUUGGAAGGCCUCGAUCCUGCUGGAAGAGCUCAAGGAGGCAUACGGCAAAGACUACGCUUGGCAAGGCAUCAACAUCAGCCAGAACAUCCAGAAAGAGGAGUGGUUCACUAAGCUGGGGCCCAAUGGCCGUAUUCCGGUCAUCGUGGACCACGACAAGGGCGACUUCGCGGUCCAAGAGGGCCUUGCUAUAUUGACCUACCUCACACGUCACUAUGACCCUGAUCAUAAAUUUUCCUUCACCGAUGACCUCGAUGUCUCCCGCGCCGAACAAUGGAUGGCAUGGCAGCACGGUGGCCUCGGCCCAAUGCAAGGACAGGCCAACCACUUCAAUCGCUUCGCGAAGGAGCGCAUUGCAUACGGUAUGCAGAGGUACACGGGAGAGACCGAGCGCCUUGUAGGUAUUCUUGAAAAGCAGCUCAAGAGCAACGACUAUCUUGUUGGCAACAAGUUCAGCAUUGCUGACAUCGCCAAUUUCGGCUGGAUCCACAUGCUUCGCUUCUCUGGUGUCGAGCUCGAUGACUUCCCCAGCCUAAAGGCUUGGUGGGAGCGAAUACUGGCUCGCCCAGGUGUUCAGCGCGGGCUUAACAUUCCGUCCAAGUCAGGGUUCGGCAACGAUACCUACUUGCAGAAGCUCAAGGACGACAAGGAGUUUGCUGAGAAGGAACGUGAGCUGAGGGAGAAGGUUAAGGCUGCGAAGGAGCAGUACGGAUACAAGUACUCUUCUCCUUGAGCAUUCAAUUGCGCACAAGGACAGAGCGCGAUAGAGCGCUAGCCUGCACCCUGUCAGGGUCACAAGCAAGAAGGAAAGUGUAAUGAAGAUGUUCGAAGCCAGAAACGUGCCCUGUUCAAUUUUGGUCUACAGAUUGUCCUGACCUACCGCUGCCAAGCCUUAGUCGGAGAC